UUACUCGCUCGUGUUUCCUCACUACCCCGCGCUCUGUUCAACAUUUCUCCAAUCACAGCUCAUAUCUCUGUCACUGCAAUUUUUUAGUUGUGAAUCGCGAUAAUGGCCGAAACCGAGACGUUUGCCUUCCAAGCCGAGAUCAAUCAGCUUUUAAGUCUCAUCAUAAAUACUUUCUACAGCAAUAAGGAGAUCUUUCUGCGUGAAUUGAUCAGCAAUUCCUCCGACGCUCUUGACAAGAUUCGCUUUGAAAGCUUGACUGACAAAAGCAAGCUAGAUGGUCAGCCAGAGCUGUUCAUCCAUAUCAUUCCUGACAAGACCAAUAACACACUCUCUAUCAUAGACAGUGGUAUUGGUAUGACGAAGGCUGAUUUGGUCAACAAUCUUGGUACAAUUGCUAGGUCUGGAACUAAGGAAUUCAUGGAGGCCCUUGCUGCCGGUGCCGAUGUGAGCAUGAUAGGGCAAUUUGGUGUUGGUUUCUACUCUGCAUACUUGGUAGCAGAUAAGGUGAUUGUGACGACAAAGCACAAUGAUGACGAGCAAUAUGUCUGGGAGUCGCAAGCUGGUGGUUCAUUCACCGUCACCAGAGACACUUCUGGUGAGGCCCUUGGCAGAGGCACCAAGAUCACUCUCCACCUCAAGGAGGACCAGCUCGAGUACCUUGAGGAGCGCAGGCUCAAGGAUUUGAUUAAGAAGCACUCUGAAUUCAUCAGCUAUCCCAUCUCUCUUUGGGUUGAGAAGACUACUGAGAAGGAAAUUUCUGAUGAUGAGGAUGAGGAGGACAAGAAGGAUGAGGAAGGCAAGGUAGAAGAAGUUGAUGAAGACAAGGAGAAAGCUGAUAAGAAAAAGAAGAAGAUCAAGGAGGUCUCUCACGAGUGGGACUUGGUGAACAAGCAGAAGCCCAUCUGGAUGAGGAAGCCUGAGGAGAUCACUAAGGAAGAGUAUGCUGCCUUCUAUAAAAGUCUUACCAAUGAUUGGGAGGAACACUUGGCUGUCAAACACUUUUCGGUUGAGGGGCAGCUCGAGUUCAAGGCUAUUCUGUUUGUUCCUAAGAGGGCUCCUUUUGACCUCUUUGACAACAAGAAGAAACCCAACAACAUCAAGCUGUAUGUCCGUCGUGUGUUCAUUAUGGACAAUUGUGAGGAAUUGAUUCCUGAAUACCUAAGCUUUGUGAAAGGUAUUGUGGACUCGGAGGAUCUGCCUCUCAAUAUCUCCCGCGAGAUGUUGCAGCAGAACAAGAUCUUGAAGGUGAUCCGCAAGAACUUGGUGAAGAAGUGCAUCGAGCUAUUUUUUGAGAUAGCUGAGAACAAGGAGGACUACAACAAAUUCUACGAGGCUUUCUCGAAGAACCUCAAGCUUGGUAUCCAUGAGGACUCCCAGAACAAGGGAAAGAUUGCUGAACUGCUUAGGUACCACUCCACCAAGAGUGGCGAUGAGAUGACCAGUUUGAAGGACUACGUCACAAGGAUGAAGGAAGGCCAGAAUGACAUCUACUACAUCACUGGUGAGAGCAAGAAGGCUGUUGAGAAUUCUCCAUUCCUUGAGAAGUUGAAGAAGAAGGGAUAUGAGGUUCUUUACAUGGUGGAUGCCAUUGAUGAGUAUGCUGUUGGCCAGCUGAAAGAAUUUGAAGGCAAGAAACUGGUGUCUGCCACCAAGGAAGGAUUGAAGAUUGAUGAGAGCGAGGAUGAAAAGAAAAAGAAGGAAGAGCUGAAAGAGAAGUUUGAGGGUCUCUGCAAGGUGAUCAAGGAUGUCCUUGGUGACAAGGUUGAAAAGGUGAUUGUCUCAGAUCGUGUUGUGGAAUCUCCUUGCUGUUUGGUGACGGGGGAGUAUGGCUGGACUGCUAACAUGGAAAGGAUUAUGAAGGCUCAAGCUCUGAGGGACUCGAGUAUGGCUGGGUACAUGUCAAGCAAGAAGACUAUGGAGAUAAAUCCCGAGAACCCGAUCAUGGAGGAGCUGAGGAAGAGGGCCGAUGCUGACAAGAACGACAAGUCUGUGAAAGACUUAGUUAUGCUGCUGUUUGAGACUGCUCUCCUCACCUCUGGUUUCAGUCUGGAUGAGCCCAACACCUUUGGCAACAGGAUUCACAGGAUGUUGAAGCUGGGACUGAGCAUUGAUGAUGAUGCUGGUGAGGCUGAUGUUGAUAUGCCUUCCCUGGAGGAAGCUGAGGCUGAUGCAGAUGGCAGCAAGAUGGAGGAAGUAGACUAAAUCCGCUCUUUUGCAUUACCUUCUCUACUACCUUGUGUAAUUGAACUAAACUUGACUAAACUUGUAUGCUGCUGAUGGAUUUUGUAGUAUGCAAUUAAUUAGUCUUUUCAAA